UUUAGAUUCAUCUGCAUUUAUCCAGCAUAUUUGAAUAACAAGAAGACAAUAGCAGAAGGAAGAAGGAUACCUAUAGACAAAGCUGUUGAAAAUCCUACAUCUACAGAAAUCCAAGAUGUAUGUGCAGCUGUGGGAUUCAAUGUGCUGUUAGAGAAAAAUAAGAUGUAUCCUAGGGAGUGGAACAGAGAUGUGCAGUACAGAGGUAGAGUACGAAUACAGCUCAAACAAGAUGAUGGCAACCCAUGUUUACCUCAGUUUCCAACACGUAAAUCAGUGAUGCUCUAUGCUGCAGAAACCAUUCCCAAACUGAAAACAAGAACCCAAAAGAUGGGAGGUAGUGAUCAAAGUCUUCAGCAAGGAGAGGGAGGCAAGAAAGGUAAAGGGAAGAAAAAGAAAUGAGCUCACAUCUGGAAUAAUUGUUACAUCACAUAGUUGUACUUAUGACAAAUAUGGAUGGACACAUUACUGCUGCAACUUUGGAGUGAAAGAUCACGAGCAAGAAAUAAACAGGUGAAACUGAAUAGAACUGCUUCAUUUUCUCAGAACUGGAAUGCAUGUUGCUGCCUCGCAUCUGUGUAACGAUAAAUAGGUUUUCAUACACAA